UAAAAAAGCGCUCCCGAGCGGGGCGUCCCGCGCCGCAGACAGAGUCACCUUUGAGGCGCGCGUCCGGCCGAUGCCCGGCGCCGGCGGCACCGCGACGGGGCCAUGGAGGGUGGUGGGCCCCCGCGCCUGCUCCCCGCGCUCCUCCUGCUCCCAGGGCUGUGCGCUGCCUUCAACGUGGACGUGAGCAGCCCGCGGCUCUUCCGGGGGCCGCCCGAGGCUCAGUUCGGCUACAAGGUGCUGCAGCGGGCGGCCGGCGGGCGCAAACGGCUGCUGGUGGCGGCCCCCUGGGACGGGCCGGCCGGCGACCGCCGCGGCGACGUCUACGAGUGCCCCGUGGGACCCCCCAAUAGCACGUGCGCCAAGGCCAACCUCGGCGACGCAGCCCUGCAGCGCGUCCCGCUGCCCGCCAAGAACAUGCACUUCGGCAUGACCCUGCUGCACGGCCGCGGCGACGGCUUCGUGGCCUGCGCCCCGCUCUGGUCCCAGGAGUGCGGCACCUCCGUCUUCAGCACCGGCGUCUGCACCCGGCUGGACGGCGACCUGCGGCCCGUGGAGACCCUGGCGCCCACGGCGCAGCGCUGCUCCACCUACAUGGACAUCGUCAUCGUGCUGGACGGCUCCAACAGCAUCUACCCCUGGUACGAGGUGCAGAACUUCCUCAGCAACGUCCUCAGCAAGUUCUUCAUCGGGCCCGGCCAGAUCCAGGUCGGGGUGCUGCAGUACGGGGAGCGCGCGGUGCACGAGUGGACGCUGGGGCAGUACCGCACGGCGCGGGAGGUGGCCGAGGCGGCCAGGAACAUCAGCCGGCAGGAAGGCCGCGAGACGCGCACCGCCUUCGCCCUCCGCCGCGCCUGCACCGAGGCCUUCAGCCCCGAGCGGGGCGGCCGGCGCGAUGCCACCAGGCUGAUGAUCGUGGUGACGGACGGCGAGUCGCACGACGGCGACGAGCUGCCCGCCGCCUUGGAGGAGUGCGAGAAGCGCAACGUCACCCGCUACGCCAUCGCGGUCCUGGGCCACUACCUGCGGCGGCAGCAGGACCCCGAGGACUUCAUCCGCGAGAUCAAGUCCAUCGCCAGCGACCCCGACGAGAAGUUCUUCUUCAACGUCACCGACGAGGCCGCGCUCAACGACAUCGUGGACGCGCUGGGCGACCGCAUCUUCAGCCUCGAAGGGACCCACGGCAACAACGCGAGCUCCUUCGAGCUGGAGAUGUCCCAGGUCGGCUUCUCCAUCCAUCUCCUGGAGGACGGGAUCCUUUUCGGCAUGGUCGGAGCCUAUGACUGGGACGGGGCCGUGCUCAAGGAGGGCCGCGGCGGCCGCAUCGUCCCCCCCCGGAAAGCCUUCGAGGAGGAGUUCCCGCUGGAGCUGAAGAAUCACGCUGCUUAUCUGGGCUACGCCGUCUCCUCGCUCCGGCUGCCCGGCGGGAAGCGGCUCUACGUGGCUGGGGCCCCCCGCUUCCAGCACAAGGGCAAGGUGAUCCUCUUCGAGCUGGGUGCCGCGGGGGACGUGGCGGUGGCCCAGGCGCUGCAGGGCGAGCAGAUCGGCUCCUACUUCGGCAGCGAGGUGUGCGUCCUGGACGCGGACGGCGACGGGGCCACCGACGUGCUGCUGGUGGCCGCCCCCAUGUACCUGGGCGCCCAGAGCAAGGAGACCGGCCGGGUUUACGUCUACAGCGUGGGGCAGCGGCUUCUAGCCCCCGCCGGGACCCUGCACGCCGACAAGAAGCCGCAGGACUCCCGCUUUGGCUACGCCCUGGCCGCCGUGCCGGACCUCAACCACGACGGCUUCAACGACGUGGUGGUGGGGGCACCGCUGGAGGACGGCCACCGCGGUGCCGUGUACAUCUACCACGGCGCCCCGGGCGCCAUCCUGCCCCACUACAAGCAGCGCAUCGAGGCAGCGGCGCUGAGCCAGGAUCUCAGCUAUUUCGGGCGCAGCCUGGACGGGCAGAUGGACCUGGACGGCGACGGGCUGGUGGACCUGGCCGUGGGGGCGCAGGGUGUGGCCGUGGUCCUGCGCUCCCGCCAGAUCGUCCAGGUCAACGCGUCGCUGACGGUGGAGCCGCCGGCCAUCAGCGUCAUCCAGAGGAACUGCCAGCGCGGCGGUGCCGACGCCGUCUGCCUCCGCGCCAAGGUCUGCUUCCGGGCUGGGACGCGGGCCCGGGGCCGGUGGCACAGGGCGAUCGAGCUCCGGUACAACGUGUCCCUGGAGGAGCGGACGCCGGGUGCCCGGGCCGCCUUCGACUCCUCGGCCCGGCGCCUCUUGCAGAAGCGGCUCCAGCUCUCGCUGGGGCGGCAGAGCUGCGUCCGCUUCCCCUUCCACGUCCUGGACACCACGGACUAUCUGCGACCCCUCAGCUUCACCGUGACGUUGGGCCUGGCCGAACCCGCCCCGGGCCCGGUGCUGGAUGAGAAAUCCCCCACCACCGUCCAGAAACUGAUCCCCUUCUUCAAGGACUGCGGUGACGAUGACGAGUGCGUCACGGACCUGGUGCUCCGGGCGAGCAUGGACAUCGCGGGCUCCAGGCAGAGCCCCCACGUCCUCCGCAAGGGCAGGAGGAAGGUGAUGGUGGACGUGAGCCUGGAGAACAAGAAGGAGAACGCCUACAACGCCAGCCUGCGGCUCCGCUUCUCCAGGAACCUGCACUUCUCCAGCCUCGUGCUCCAGGACAAGAGCCAGGCGAAGCUGGAGUGCACGGCGCUGGGGGGACACGGCCGCCUCUGCAGCGUCGGCUACCCCGUCUUCCGCUCGCUGGCCAAGGUCGCCUUCGCCCUGGAGUUCGAGUUCAGCUGCUCCGUCCUGCUCGAGCGGGCCGAGGUCGGGCUUGUGGCCAGCAGCGACAGCACCGAGGCCGAGGCCACGCUGCAUGACAACGCGGUGCAGCUCGCCGCCGCCGUCCGCUACGAGCCCGACCUCUUCCUCUCCAGCAACGCCAACCUGCACCGCUACGAGGUGCAGCCGCCCGGCACCUUCCCCCAUGGCCCCGGGCCCGAAUUCAAGACCACGGUCAAGGUCCAGAAUUUGGGCUGCUACCCGGUGCAAAACCUCACGCUCCGCAUGGCCCUGCCGGCACUCGGCUACCGCGGCGCCGCCUUCCUCUCCGUCACCCGCGUCAUCGCCGACAACGCGACCUGUGUUCUGCGCAGCCCCGGCGAGGAGCCGCCGCCAGCCGCCGUGGUCCCAGUGCACCCCGAGGACCUGCUGCACGUGGACAGGCUGAACUGCAGCAACGCCGGGUGCCAGGUGCUGCGCUGCGAGCUGGGGCGGCUGGAGCGCGGCGGCGAGCUCUCCGUCCACGUCCUCCGCGCCGUGCACGACGCCUUCUUCCGCGCGGCUCGGUUUAGGAGUGUGAAAAUCAUCAGCACCGUUUCCCUGCUGGCCCCCGCCGGCGGCUUGCUGCUGCUGGAGCGGACGGCGCAGCGGCGCGAGAUGGUGCUGGAAAUCCUGCAGCGCAAGCGGGUCCCCGUCUCGCUCUGGAUCCUGGUGGGCAGCAUCGUCGGGGGGCUGCUGCUGCUGGCGCUGAUCAUCUUCUGCCUGUGGAAGCUGGGCUUCUUCACCCGCAAGAAGCUCCCCGAGGAGGAGGAGGAGAAGGAGGAGCAGUGAGAGCAGGCGCUGGUCCCGCGCGUCCCGACGGCAAGGACCGGCACCCUCCCUGCGCCCGGGGCGCCUCCGGCCCCGGCUCCCGGCUCGGACGCAGCGAGGUGAGGUCGGAUCCGCGCGGUUGGAGCCCGAAGGCCUGGGGGGCACCGAGGACCCCGCCCCGGUGGUGAUGUAGCCGGAGAAACGUGGAGCGACCGGUCCGAACAAGCAACUCCGCCAAUAAAGCUGAGCCCCCUCCGGAGCUGCUCCGGCGCCUGGUACCGCGGCGGCGCUCGCUCCCCGCAUCGUCGAGUUUUGCACCCCCGAAUCGAAACACUUUCCCCUCCCGGAGGGGGAAAAAACCCCAAAAUGCGCCAGAGACUAUCUCGAACGUCUCGUUCGGAGCGGCGGCAGCCAGGGCCACGGAGCACAGAGUGAUGGGGGGAUGCGCGUCUGCUGGACGCGCAAAGUUUCCCCCCCCACCCCCCAACCAAGUCCUGCUCCCCUGCGCUUCCCUGCAAAUGCCUGACUUAAACCCUGGCCCCAUGGGGAGGAAAGUCCUGAUUUCAGGCACUUUCCCUAACUUGGAAAUAGCAGCAGGAGGGGCUGGUGCAGGGCGGAACAGGCAAGGCAGGAGGGAGGAAUCGGGACCAGAAAGCUGGAAAAACCCCAAAUAACAGGAGUUGUGUGGUCCCCCAGGCCCCCCCCAAACUCACCGUGGCCAUGGGGCUCUUCAGGGGAAUAUGACAUGCCCAAGAAGAGCGGGCAGAGGCAGUGAGAUAAAGCAAAGAGUGUUUUGAAAAGGAUCUAGCUCCUGUUAAAGCAUUUUUCCCUCUUGCUGUCACCAACCAGCGCAGCCGGCAGCCCUUGAUCAGCUCUUAGUUUGCAACCUGCCCCAGAGCACGGUUGCAUCUGGCCCUCAAAAGCACAUGAUUAGCAGGGCUUUAUGCUUUAAAUGUCUCCUGUGCGAGCGGGAGAGCUGGUCCUGAAGCUGCAGCAGCAGAUUUCGAGCUGCUGUGCCAGGAAUAAACCCAAGCGGCAGGCUGCGGGGAGGCGGGUAGACGGCUCGUGGCUGGAGGCCUAAGUGAACCCGCACGAGGACUCAGCAUGUCGCUCCCCGUGCUUCUCCUCCCGCUGCGGACGUUCAGGCUGCUUAGAGAAAGGGAAAGGCGCAGGCAGCGUUAAGCAGAAGCAGCAUUAGGCAGCGCAGCCCCCGUCCCUGCUGCAGCCACUGGGACCAGCGGCAGGUUCAAAACCCACGUCCCCAGUGCAGAAACCUGCUGGCCCAUGGCCCCGGCCUCCCCCAAAUCCUCGGCGCGAGGCAGGGACGGGGACCUGCAUCCUCCCCAGCAUCCAGGCUUACCUGCAGCCACCGCCGCCUCGGCAACCUCGUGCGAGCAGGGACAACGCUGCCGCCACCUCACAAAUGCCAUCCUGCUGCGGCCACCCCUCCCCAGGCCGCGUUAGGACUCAAGUGCUCACCACCACCACCCGAGCGAGACCUUUUCCUGCAAAAAAGCCCCUCUACAGCAAUCCCACUGGCUUAUCUGCAUCCCAGUUAGUCCUGCAGUGGCUUCCCAGGCUCCUCGGCCACCUCUUCCAGCACCCAACAACCUUCUCCACAUCUGCUCUUCUUUAUAAAGGCCUUUAUUUGACUUAAUAGCAAACAAAACACUAGUUUAAAUCGAGUGUACGUAGUACACCGUUACAGCAAUGAAGUGGCAACAUGUUUAGACGCGACCUACCUCUCCCUCCCGCCUGCUGCCGGGCCGAGCCGGGGUUUAAUACUGCCGCACGGUGGUUUAGUGGGUGCCUUAAGCACAGACACGAUUCGGACAAUAAAAACGAGAAGUCAAACAUGGAUGAAAUGUUACAGAAGUGGAAAAAAAAUAAAACAAAAAAAUCUGCAAAAAAUAAAGAGAUUCUCUUAAAGUUA